CUGCCCGUCAUCACCAAGCACAUCAGUCAGGACACUAUCAACCUCUUCGAGGCUUGCGGUAUCCUGAACCGGUCCAAUAUCCAUAACGACCCGGAGUUGGCCGCCCGCAGGUUGGGCACGACCUAUGCCAUUGCUUCUGGCCGCAUGAGCAUUGCCUUUUGCACGGAAGCCAUGCGCAAAUUUGUCGGCUCCGACGAUUUCCACCGCAGUGGCAAUGUCAACCUCAAGUUCCUGCGCCCGGUCAAGGACGGCGACACGGUGUCGGUACACGGCCAGGUGAACAGCCGCACGCCUCAAGAUGAUGGGUCGACCCUGGUGGUGGUCGAUGUGUACUGCGAGAACCAGAACGGCGACAAGACCGCAGUUGGUCAGGCUACCGCUCGCGUCAGUCAGUGA